GCUGGCAAGCAGAUGUCUCCCGAAAAGCGGUUAAAAUAAAUCCAGUAAAUAAGUGUUUCCCCUAGGGAUUAAUUUAAUUUAAAAACAUAAUCAAAGCAGCUUAGUAUUGGUGGAAUAAAAAUGCGUAGUGGCUAAUUGCGAGGGCAGCCACUUGUGUGUCUGUUUCCUUUCUUUUUGUAUCGAUUUGUGUAUAACUCUUGCCGUGAAAUCCGCACCCUGUAUGUGAAUACCGCAGGCAAAACAACAGAGCCAUCACGCCCACUAAGUGGCCAAUCUGGAAAAUAAUGCCAAGGUCCAACGUACAUUGGGUCAUCUAAGAGCAGGCAACAAUUAAAAAGGGAUUUGCCACCGAAAAUAGUUACGAAAACUAAGAAGGUACAAGAGCAUGGAUGUGGGUGGGCAGGAAACCACUUACGAACCGCUGGAUGGACGGGGCUCUGGGCGUUCGAGGAGCAGUCAUUCCACAACUGGUUCGGGACUGAGGCAUCCUGGCAGUAUGGACAGUCCCGAGUUUGAUACUCGUGCCCCCAAGGAUCAGAGGCACUCCGUCUAUCUGGCUCUCCUGGCAGCGGGCAUUGGAUUUGUUUUACCCUACAAUAGUUUUAUCAUUGCCGCGGACUACUGGCAGGCGCGAUUUCCGGGUCGUCCGGUGGCGUUAGACAUGUCGAUGACGUAUAUCUUCGUGGCCUUCGCCACUGUGCUGAUGAACAACAUAGUGUUAUCGGUGGCUCCGUUCCAGUCUCGUGUGCUCUUUGGCUACAUGAUAUCCUUUACCACACUGAUCUUUGUGGCCGUUUGUGAGGUGGCUUGGCACAUGUUUGCCACGAAUACCGCGUAUCUAGUUAAUAUGUCAGCGGUAGCUUUGACCGCCAUCGGAUGCACUGUGCAGCAGUCGAGCUUUUAUGGAUUUGCCUCGAUGCUGCCCAAACAAUAUACCCAGGCGGUGAUGGCUGGUGAAAGUAUUGCAGGAUUCUUGGUGUCUUCCAAUCGUGUCGUUACCAAACUAUUGAUCAACAACGAUCGCGUGUCCACGGUCAUCUUCUUUCUGACCUCGACGCUUUACAUACUCUUCAGCUACCUGUUGCAUGUGGCAACCAUCAAUUCGCCUUUUGUGCGGUUCCAUGUGGAGGCCUGCUCGAAAAUCGUCUUGCGGCCAGAUGAGCAGGAUAUUGACGGUGUACCAAGUAGUACUCGAUAUGGAGUACUCUCGAUGGAUGGGACCCAUACUACGACCACAUCGGUGGGACCUCCAGGCACUGGGAAUACGCUCAGUUUCAGCAAUCCCGUCUAUGAGCUAUCCAAUCCGACAGCCGGCGAAAGUAGCAUCGAAGCAUUGGGACAACUACCUGAGCUACCGGCCACGCCUCCCGCCCAGGAGCCCACAACGCCCACAACGGUGGCUUUCAAGGUGGAGCACGUGAUCACCCCACGCCGUUGCCGGCCAAGCAAGCUGGGAGACAUCCGCGAGGGAUUUGCGGCACGAUGGCGCGUGGCCCAGGUGAUCUAUCCGCACAUGGUCUGCAUCGCUCUGGCUUACUGCGUGACUCUAUCCUUGUAUCCGGGAAUCGAGGUGGAAGUGCAAUCCUGCGCCCUUCGAUCUUGGAUGCCCGUGCUGUUGAUGUUUUGCUUUAACACGUCGGACGUCGUGGGCAAGAUCUUGGCCGCUAGCCCAUAUCCUUGGUCGCGGCGACAGCUGAUCCUGCUGUCCGGGUUACGGAUUGUACUAGUGCCGCUCCUGCUCCUUUGCUGUGCACCACGACAGCGUCCCGUGAUCUCCGGCGAAACAGCGCCAUUUGUCUUCACCAUAGCUUUGGGUAUUACCAAUGGAUUGGCUGGAAGUCUGCCCAUGAUGUUGGCCCCGGCAAAGGUACCGGGAACUCUGAAGGAGGUCACUGGCAAUAUAAUGACCCUAUCGUAUAAUGUGGGUCUGACGGUGGGCUCUCUGAUUGGAUACGUUUUCGAGAGCAUGCUGGGUCCACAGCUGGUGAAUCCAUGUCCCUCAUAUCCCUAUGUGCCCGCCUCGAUGCUGGAGCAGUUCCAUGGCCACGGACACGGACAUGGCCAUCUACCACAUCCAUUACCGCUGACUAGUACCAGUACGAUGAGUCCACCAACCACUGGGGCCACCACGCUGGCACCACUCCUGCUCAACACCACGCUGGCUACGCUUGGUAGUUCCAGUUCCACCACCAGCACCGCCAGUCCGGCACUGGCCACCGUGAUAACCACUACGGCUUUGGCGCUCUAUAGCACGGUGGCUAGUGGUAGUGCCGAGAUUAUCAACGCCACCAUAUCCUCGAUCCUGUCCACAGUCACCAGUUCAGUGGGCGAUAUCAGCGACGAGAUGACCACAGAUCCUCAGACGCCAGAUGCACUGCUCGAAAAUAUCUAAGGGGAAUGUACUUUUAUAAGGAUUUGGAACUCUACAUUCUACACAGCCAUAUCUAAUAUUUAUUUAUUCAUUAAUUGGAAAAAUAUUUAUAUUUAAAGAUCUUAGGAUUCCAGUUCUGAUGAGGAAAUUGUGAAAAAGUUGCCAGAAUUUCAAAGGUUUUACAAAGUUGAAAGUAAAAAACAUUUGUCGAAGAAAAGAGUAUAAAAUGACCGAUUAACUUGAAUAUAUUCCGAUUAAAUAGGGCAAUUUUGACCUUUAAAAAAUAGCAAUGGAAGAGCAAACAACUUGUAUCAUUCUAUAAAUUGUUUUCAAACAUUUUUAGAGCUUCGAUAUGGCUAGUAAGAUAGGUGAAUUGUGAACUUUUCCGAUUAUAUAUUCAAAGCUCAAGAUAUAAAAAAUGUAAACAAAGAUUCCAAUUAAUAGCAAGCGUAAACUUCGAACUAUAGGCAAUACUACUCCUGAUGUACUUAAUACUAUACAUAUAUCUAUAACUAUAAAGUGUCUAGGGUAUUAAUGCUUUCGGUUUGAUUCUCAGCUGUCCUAAAUAGUCUGAAGACCCAAAUAUUAAUCUCCGAGAAUAUACUCAAGCUAAGGAUUUCAAAAUGCAAAGAUGUUGACUUAGAUUAUAAAAGCUUAAGUGUGAAUGAUUGUGCAAGCCAAGUGAUUGCCUGUUUAUUUUUGUAAAAGUGGGAAAUGUCUAUUGAAGAUGCAGUUUAUACUCCCAAAAAUGAGAAAAACUAUCAAUAAGAAAGGUAAUAAUUAAUAUUAUAUCAUAUUUUUCUUUAAGUUGUUUGUUGUCUAAACUAGAAGAGUGUGCGUUAACCGAAUGGUGGGUAACAUAAGUGUUGUAAGCAUUAUAAGCCAUCAAGUGCAAAAGCUGGUCUUAAUCUUAUUCGUUGCUUUUAUAUAUUUAUUUUUUGGAUAACUUUGUAAGCAGAAGUGUAAUGUAAAAUCUAUCUGAAAAAUCUGAUAGGCAAGAAAUUAUGACAACUGAACCUGGAAAACAUUAAAUAAAUGUUAACAUAGAAAUAUUUAAAUACGUAA